GCGAGACUGGGCUUCGCGGAAGUGAUUCUCCGGAAACAGCAUGGCUGCUCCGUUCAACUGACCCGGCUCUACCUGGUGAACCGCGGACAAGAUGCAGUCGGACGAUGUUAUCUGGGAUACACUAGGAAACAAGCAAUUUUGUUCCUUCAAAAUAAGAACCAAGACUCAGAGUUUCUGCAGAAAUGAAUAUAGCCUGACUGGACUGUGUAAUCGGUCAUCCUGUCCCCUGGCAAACAGCCAGUAUGCCACUAUCAAAGAAGAGAAAGGACAGUGCUACUUGUAUAUGAAGGUUAUAGAACGAGCAGCUUUCCCCAGGCGUCUCUGGGAACGGGUCCGGCUUCAUAAAAACUAUGAGAAAGCACUGGAGCAAAUAGAUGAAAACCUAAUUUACUGGCCCCGUUUCAUUCGACACAAAUGUAAGCAGAGAUUCACCAAGAUCACUCAGUACCUAAUUCGAAUUCGAAAACUUACACUUAAGCGACAGAGGAAACUUGUUCCUUUGAGUAAGAAGGUGGAGCGGAGGGAAAAACGGAGAGAGGAAAAGGCAUUAAUAGCUGCCCAGCUGGACAAUGCCAUCGAGAAAGAGUUGCUGGAGAGACUGAAACAGGAUACGUACGGUGACAUCUACAACUUCCCCAUCCACGCCUUCGAUAAGGCCCUGGAACAGCAGGAGGCAGAGAGUGACUCUUCAGAUGCUGAGGAAAAAGAUGAUGAAGAAGAUGAAGAAGAUGUGGGGAAAAGAGAGUUUGUGGAAGAUGAUGAAGUGGAUGAAAGCGACAUAAGUGAUUUUGAGGAUAUGGAUAAACUGGACGCCAGCAGUGAUGAAGAUCAGGAUGAUAAAUCCUCCAGUGAAGAAGAAAAAGCCCUUGAUGCCAAACACAAAGGCAAAACACCUCUGAAAGGGCCUCUGAGGAAGAAAAGAGCCUACGUUGAGAUAGAGUACGAGCACGAGACAGAGCCCGUGGCCAGGGCCAAAACCACGUGACUUCCCUCAGACGCUUGUAAACAGGACUGGACGUCUUCCUUUUUUUAUAUCUUAAACACAUAACACUUCCGGGUUUUGCUCUUCAUCUUUAACACAAUAUUUGUGUUUUUAAUAUUUAUGCUAGUUCUGUGGGGCAAAAAAUCUGGGAGGGAGUGGAGAAAAGCCUAAAUUGUGAAUAUUUUUAUAGUAUUGUUACAUGACAUGUGCUGAAGUAACAGCUUGAGCCCAAGAAGCAUAAGGGAUGAGUCUGUGGGUAUAAAUAUUUCUAAAUUUAAAUGUUACCCACUCACCCCUGUUUCCUUGGCAUCCUCCCUCUUGCAUGCCUCCCCCACCCCUUUAUUUAGAAAUGUCCAGAUUCCAUUUUUUCAUAUUCUCCUUUCCCUACUUCUGUGGGAGUUAAAAAGAAAAGGAAAGAGAAAGUCUAAGUUAUAAUGUUUAGUAUAAAUAUACCUUUUGCCUGAAAUAAUUCCACUUAAAACAACUGGAAGAGAAAGAAAAUCCUUUUCUUUUCAGGAAAGUAAUACAAGUCUUAAGUUGCAUCACAGGGAGCACCUUCAGAAAGCUGUUGCACUCUUCGGAUGCAGCUCCCCACCUGACUGUCUUCACAACUGUGGAGGAUUUUAGCCAGGAGACCCUGAAACGUGAAACCAGACAGGCUUGGUUUUUUGAUUGUUAUUGCACCUUGGUGGUUCUUUCUUGGUAUCAGACUCAGAGAAGGAAAGAACGGAUGACACUAGGGCAGUUCACAGAACUGGUGUGACUUUAGGAACUGGAAAUGUCCUACUGACUCACGAAGCAGCAGCUUUUUACCAGCCAGGAUGAAUCAGGUUAGAUCUAGGGCUUGAAAACUGCUUGAGGUUAAAAAGCCAAGACGAAUAAAGUAUCCCUCAAUUUUUUUAGGAUGUUAAUUUCUUUUCAUGCUGCCUGUAACUUUAAAGAUUUUGAGACAAUGGUUUAUAAAUUAUGUAUACGUGGACACACAGCUAUUAUAUGCAAUCGCUUGGAGAAGUAAACUAAUGUGGAAUAUGAGACCAAAGGAAGAAUUCCCACAUGGAUAAAGUAUGUGGAAAACAUCAUUGCCUCUGAAAAACUGGAAACAUCUCUGUUAUCUGAAUUACUUACUCUAUCUAAAUUAUUCCUUGGUGGAUUACAGCCCAUUAUUUUAACUUUUUUCUCUUCAUUCAGACCACUAGAACAGAAUUUCAAUUUUGAAAACUCUCGAUCAUGAUCCUCUUGCCCAUUCUUUGUCCUAGCUCCAGAAGCAUCCACUGAUCCUCUUGCCUUUUCAUCUAAAAAGUUCUGAAUAGCUUUAAAGGGAGAAUAAGGUAUUGAUCAAACUCUGCUGAAGGCUAAAAGACUCAGAGGUAGAGACUCGAACCUUCCAUGUCCAAUUGACUUGGUCAGGCACAAAACUAUCACAGAAAUCGUCUGAGGAUGAUGAGGCCUAACUGAAACCAAGUGGUAGACUGUCCCUCACCUUUACCCGUCCUGAAGAGCAGUGGUCCAGAAGAAUCAGGCAGUCUGUGGCCUCUUCCAACAAGGCGCUCUUAACACACUCGGGUGUGAGGCUUGAAUCCCUUGCUACGUCACAUAUCAGUUUCAAGAGGGCCUUCAGUAAGACCACAAGUCUACAGGAGACUCUGGAAUCAAGAAGAAAGAUGAUAUUCAUACUCUGAAUCAGAUAUUAAAACUGAAAAAGGCAUCUGGGAUAAAGUCCUCAUUUCAUGAAGGAACUGAAGUUCAAGUUUAAGACCAUAGAGCUGGAAGCAGAACGAGACCAGACUCCAGACUUCUGAACUCCAAGCCCACUGGUUUUCUCUAUAGCACACUGCCCACACAUCCGGACACGCUGGCAUGCCCAAGAACACCUGGUUGCCCUCAGAAGUUGGUGGUUUUACUGUUAGGAAACAGCCCUCCUGAAAAGGGAGAACUGGGCCCUCCCUACCAGGGGCCUAUACUUUUGGCCAGAGAACAGGAAACGGCCCACAGUUCUUUAGCUUGGAUGUGGUCUUAGGCCUGGAGGUUAAAGAUAUAGUGAGGGAAGUAAGCUUGGCUUCUGAGAAUUCAGAGUUGAUUUAACUUUUCUGUCACUUUAAUGCUAGAUCCUAGAUUACUGCCCUGUCUCUAUUUAUUUCUGCUUUGCCUUUCUAAAAAUUUUUAUGAUGAUGAUUACAUAAAAUUGUAAAUGUGCUUAAUGCCACUGAAUUAUACACUUGAAAAUGGUAAAUUUUAUGUAUUUUUUUAACCAUUAAAAAAAACACUAAAAAGCCC